GUGCAGAUGUGUCCCUGCGCGUGAGGGAAUGCACCCUGAAGCCGCUUCGCGGUAGCUGCACAUCUGGCCCGACCCCCCCCCCCCCCAUUUAACACGUCUCCGAUUAAAUGAUCUGGGUGCAAACGCGGAGAAAAGUCGGAUUUCCAGCGUUUUGUACAGACAAGCCAAUUUCCUUAAUUGCAGUCAGGAGAGAGGGGGGGGGAUGGUGAAGCGGUCCACUCCCAAAGACUUAAAUCGUUGGACGCAUGGAGGCGUUUGGACGGAAGGUCGUCUAGGAGCAAGGGAACUUGUCCAGAUCUCUCGCUCCUCUGCUGCAGAGAACACCGGAGGGCUCCGCUGGAAGAAACGAUGGCGAAAGCCGACUGCAAAGCAGCCAAAGAAAUGACCAAGACAAUGGAGAACACGAUGCAGCGUCUUCACGGACGAUUUCAAGCCAUCACCCAGCAGAUGGGAUCGCAAAUUGAUGAGAUGGGGACGCGCAUCGAUGACCUUGAGAAGAAAGUGGCUGAUCUCGUGACGCAACCCGGGGAGGAGGAACAGCCCGGUUCAAAUGACUGGGACAGUCCGCGGCCCAGUGGGCCUCCACCCAGCAGCUGAACACUUCUCACCAAAUUGUAGUUUCUGGGAGGACCAACUCCCAUCACACAUUAAAUGUGACCUCAAACUUCUCGUGGGGCACCCAUUAAGGGAUGCUACAAUGUAUCUAUAAUGUAUCUAUGUAUUCUCACAACACUGGAAUUAGACCCCCACACACACACUGGUUUCCUCUGGUUUCACAGUCACUGUAAUUAUGUAAACUUGUUUGUAGUAAAUGAACUUUGUAACAAA